CCACUCUCACCUGUAUGGGCAGGGGCACAGGGGGUGGUGGCUGUCACUGAAUCAGAGCAUGGCAGGGCUUUUCCUUUGCUUUUCAGAAGUCUGGAAAAUCUGGUCUGGAGCAUCUCGCUACAUCCACAGACAGCUCUUGCAGAAGAGGGCAGUGGACAUUGGAAUUGGGACAUUUGCACUUGUCCCAGUGCAAGCUGUUGUGGAAGAGGGCAAGGUUUUGACUGUUGAGAGACCCGUGUUCAUUGUGAGCAAGCCCCUGCAGGCGUUCUACAACCUUGAGUGCGAUGAAACCAAAAUUCCUGAUGAGACACCUGUUGUUCAGCUGGACUUUGGGGAGAUUGCUGCAGACACCCACUUCCGCCGAGAAAUUGUGGAGCUGUGUGUACAUGAGACCCUGCUUUGCUUUGCUGGGGCCCUUGCAGACGAGAAGGAGGUGGAAUUCUCCUUCAAGGGCAUUGGUAUCCUUGCUGUGCGAGGAAAAGUGGUCAACAUGACCUUCUUUGAUCACUGGCUGCUGGAGCCAGAUGUGACAGGAAACAUGCUGAAAGCUCUUCUUGAGCUGGCAUGA